AAGUUUUCAUCUUUUCACACUCCAAGAAUCUAUUUUCAGAUCUUUCUCUCUUACAAAAAGUUUUGAGCUAAAGAAAGCUUCAAGCUUUUGCUUCCCACCAUACACCAUUCUCUUAUCUCCUCCCCCUCUGGCUCAAAAAAGGAAGUAUAGAAUAAAGUGGAAAAAACCAAACCACAACUUCAAGAUAUGGGUUCAAAACCUAAUGCCACAACGAAUGUGGCUAUAGCGGCAGCUCUGUUUCUUCUAGGGUUUAUAGUCUCUUCGGUCUCUAGCUCUGUCUCUUACGAUAGCAGAGCUAUUACUAUCAAUGGCAAAAGAAGAAUCCUUAUCUCUGGAUCUAUUCAUUACCCAAGAAGCACUCCUGAGAUGUGGCCAGAUCUAAUAAGGAAAGCUAAAGAAGGAGGUUUAGAUGUGAUUCAGACUUAUGUUUUCUGGAAUGGGCAUGAGCCUUCUCCUGGCAAAUAUUAUUUCGAAGGCAACUAUGAUUUGGUUAAGUUUGUCAAGUUGGUCCAACAAUCUGGACUUUAUCUUCAUCUAAGGAUUGGUCCUUAUGUCUGUGCUGAAUGGAACUUUGGUGGAUUUCCUGUUUGGCUUAAGUAUGUUCCAGGGAUUAGCUUCAGAACAGAUAAUGGUCCUUUCAAGGCUCAAAUGCAAAGGUUUACUACAAAGAUUGUUAAUAUGAUGAAAGCUGAGAAGCUGUUUGAAUCACAAGGCGGUCCUAUAAUCCUCUCUCAGAUUGAAAAUGAAUAUGGACCAAUGGAAUAUGAGCUGGGUGCACCGGGACGGUCUUACACUAACUGGGCAGCUAAAAUGGCUGUGGGGUUAGGCACUGGUGUCCCUUGGGUCAUGUGCAAGCAAGACGAUGCUCCGGACCCCAUUAUCAAUGCUUGCAAUGGCUUCUAUUGCGAUUACUUCUCUCCAAACAAGGCUUACAAACCCAAAAUGUGGACUGAAGCUUGGACUGGAUGGUUUACAAAGUUUGGAGGCCCAGUUCCUUAUCGUCCAGCUGAAGAUAUGGCCUUUUCCGUUGCACGGUUUAUCCAAAAGGGUGGCUCUUUCAUCAAUUACUAUAUGUAUCAUGGUGGAACAAAUUUUGGUCGAACUGCUGGUGGUCCAUUUAUUGCAACCAGCUAUGAUUAUGACGCGCCUCUGGACGAAUAUGGACUUGAAAGGCAGCCUAAGUGGGGGCAUUUGAAAGAUUUGCAUAGAGCGAUCAAGCUGUGUGAGCCAGCAUUAGUAUCAGGAGAGCCCACCAGGAUGCCCCUUGGAAACUAUCAAGAGGCUCAUGUGUACAAAUCGAAAUCUGGGGAUUGUUCUGCAUUCUUAGCAAAUUACAAUCCAAGAUCCUACGCCAAAGUUUCUUUUGGGAGCAACCAUUACAAUCUACCUCCAUGGUCUAUUAGUAUUCUCCCAGACUGCAAAAACACAGUUUACAACACAGCCAGGGUUGGUGCUCAAACUUCAAGGAUGAAAAUGGUUGAGGUUCCUGUUCAUGGAGGAUUAUCUUGGCAAGCAUACAAUGAAGAUCCAUCAACUUACAUUGAUGAGUCCUUCACAAUGGUCGGAUUAGUAGAGCAGAUCAACACUACACGAGACACUUCAGAUUACCUUUGGUACAUGACUGAUGUUAAGAUUGAUUCCAACGAAGGAUUUUUAAGGACUGGGGACUUGCCUACUCUUACUGUUCUAUCAGCUGGACAUGCUAUGCAUGUGUUCAUCAAUGGCCAAUUAUCUGGAUCUGCUUAUGGUAGCUUAGACUCUCCUAAGCUAACAUUCCGAAAAGGUGUGAGUCUAAGAGCUGGUUUCAACAAAAUUGCGAUAUUAAGCAUCGCUGUUGGUCUACCGAAUGUGGGUCCACAUUUUGAGACAUGGAAUGCUGGAGUUCUGGGUCCAGUUUCAUUGAACGGUCUCAAUGAUGGACGGAGAGACCUGUCCUGGCAGAAAUGGACUUAUAAGGUUGGUCUCAGAGGAGAGAGUCUGAGUCUUCAUUCACUCAGCGGUAGCACAUCGGUUGAGUGGGCAGAAGGUGCAUACGUGGCACAAAAGCAGCCGCUUACUUGGUACAAGACGACAUUCUCUGCACCAGCUGGUGAUUCGCCGUUGGCUGUGGACAUGGGAAGCAUGGGGAAAGGUCAGAUAUGGAUUAAUGGGCAGAGCGUGGGACGUCACUGGCCUGCAUAUAAAGCAGUUGGUUCUUGCAGCGAGUGUUCUUAUACAGGAACAUUCAACGAGAACAAAUGCUUAAGAAACUGUGGAGAGGCUUCUCAGAGAUGGUACCAUGUCCCAAGGUCGUGGCUGAAACCAAAUGGCAAUCUAUUGGUUGUCUUUGAGGAAUGGGGAGGAGAUCCGAACGGAAUCUCGUUGGUCAGAAGAGAAGUUGACACUGUUUGUGCAGAUAUAUAUGAAUGGCAAUCAACGCUUGUGAAUUACCAAUUGCAUUCUUCUGGAAAAGUUAACAAACCGCUGCAUCCCAAAGUGCAUUUGCAAUGUGGACCUGGGCAGAAGAUGACCACAGUGAAGUUUGCUAGCUUUGGGACACCUGAAGGAACUUGUGGUAGUUACCGUCAAGGAAGCUGUCACGCUCAUCACUCUUAUGAUGCCUUCAACAGACUUUGUGUUGGGCAAAAUUGGUGUUCUGUAACCGUAGCACCUGAGAUGUUUGGUGGAGAUCCAUGUCCAAAUGUGAUGAAGAAACUAGCCGUGGAAGCGGUUUGCGCUUAAAUGAACCAGAGGGCAGCAGCAAUCAUCGUAUUAUAAGAACUCUAUUAGUAUGUUAUUAUGGCUAUUUAUACCGGUGGAAGUUGUACAAAGGGACACAACACACACCGUUCAACAAUUUGCAGAGUUGUGAUUUUUAUGUAAAUAAGCUUGGGAUGGGUUUGGUAAUAUGGUAAUCCAAGAAAGAAGAGGCACAUUGAGACUGGAAAAUCCGAGUCCAUGUGUAGAUUCUUUGCUAGAAAAUUUGAAGGCAAAACUGAGAUUAGACUAUUCUAUGAAUUUUACUUUUGAACGUGUUUGUAGUUGUUGUACUAGCUGAGACAGUCUCUCUGCUCAUUGCUAAACUUAUGUAACGUCAUUUAUUUCUCUGAAAUAAAUCAUUUCAAGUCCGAUAUAAUAUGUGCGAAUUUGCCUGUCCUACGGAGAACGCACGGAUGACAACAUCAAAUAGAAUGGUUCUGCACAUAUAACGAAGGCUGCAUCACUGUCCAUCUUGGAUGCUUAUUUGAAUCCUCUUACUAAAUGAAACAUGGUCGAUGUUCCCGCAUGUGAGUGGCAAUGUGAAAGUUAUAGCACAACAGUAGUAGUAGCACUCGAUUGUUCUGCCAUGAACGUAACCACCGUUGCACCAGAUUCAUUAACUAUGAUCAGGGGUGGACGUUCAGGUAUCUAUUCAAGUUGGAUUCAUAUCUAUCAGGUUUUGGAGGUUAGAGAUUUUUAAAUGUCAUUUCCAUUUGUUCGGGUUUGGGUUCAGUUUUGGGUUCUUUGGAUAUUAAAAUUGUAGAUUCAUUUAAGUAUUUGAUAAGUUUGGUUUGAUACAACUUUUCCAGAUCAAGUUUGGUUCUGAUCGUCUGAAUUUGACCUUCUUAGAGAUGUUAUGAUAAACUAAGGGAAACAGACAAAAAAAAAAACUUAACUUAUGUAAGAUUCAUAAAUACAGUAAAAAAAAACAGAGAAGAG